CACACGUCUUGACACGAAUCAGCUCGUCUCGGAUAUUUAACGUGUAUUUUUUGUUAAGAUAUACUACAUACAUAUAUAAAAACAAAAUAAAAUAAAUUGAAUAUUAAACAAUUAAUAGAAAAUAAUUGCAUAAUUAUAAUAUAAUAAUGAUAAUAGAAGAAAAUGAUGUAGAAUUAAUAGCAAUUAAAACUAAAUCUCUACAAGAUUUAGAUAAUGAAAUUAAUUGUAACCCUAAUACAGAUAAACAAACAAAUAAUGAAUUAAAUAGUUUCUUUAAAAAUAAAAAAAGUGAAAUUUUCAAUGAACCUCUAGAAGAGGAUGAUGAAGAAUAUGAUGAUGAUCAUUAUGAGUCUUCUGUGCGUUUUAUUAAAAUAGAUAAAUCUCCCAAUGGAACCUGUGGUUUUCACUUGACCCGCACUAAAUGGGAUCCUUAUCCUUGGGUUAGUGCUGUGGAUAAUUUUACACCUGCCGCUAAAAGUGAUUUAAAAGCCGGCGAUUGUGUUUUAGAGGUCAGUAUACUAAACUAAAUGUGUUUUGGGGUCUAUUGGCUUUUGUUUGCAUUUUUUUUCCUUUUCUGCUUUGAUAAAAUGCAAUUUAUUGUAUUUGUUUUAUCAUUAUUGUUUGCUGUUUGCAAAUGCAAAUUCACAUUCUGUUUGCAUCUCCACAACCAUAUUUUGUCACAUUUUUCCUUUUUAUUCGUUGUUGGCUUUUUGUCAAUAUUUCGUCAUUCUAUUUGUA